AUACAAAUACAUAUAAUUUAGUUAGAAGCCCUCCCCCUCCUCCGCCUCUGUCUGGGUGCGUUUGUUUGUGUGUCAGUCUGUCCCGGCGGUGUAACCGGAGAGGGGCCUCGCAGAGGGAAUGCAGGACUGCGAUGGAGCACAAUGAAAUCCAGUGGUCUGGCGCCCCCUCCUGUCAGCGCGGCAGCUUUGUCUUCUAUAAGUCUGUGAGCAGCAGGUCUGGUCCUGAUGGUCCGGUCCAGGUGUGGAACCUGGGCGAGUUUUACUUUGUCCGCUGUGGACCUGAGGAUCCGGUCUGCAUCGCUGAGGUGACGUUACUGUGGGAGGAGCAGACACAGUGCCACCUGCUGGCCAGUGCCAGACUCUACUUCUUACCUGAGGACACACCGAAGGGUCGCGCCAGGGAACAUGGAGAGGAUGAGGUUGUGGCUGUGUCCAGGAGGAUGGUUCUGCGAGUGGACGACCUGGUCAGAUGGUCGUGUGCCAGUUGGAGUAGCGGUGUAAAGCAGCCACCAUGUGGCGCUAAUGGCCUCAUCAAACCUCCACAGAGCAGCAGCGAUAGCAACAACAACAACAACAACAACCUCCAGGACAAGAAAAGCAAACCACUCAAAGACAAAAAUCAUCAGAGUGUCAGAGUCCUCAGCUAUCCUCAGUACUGCCGCUUCCGCUCCCUGCAGCGACGGAUCCAGGACGGAGCCACGGGUCCGAGGCUGCAGGACCCGCACCUGCUCGCCCUGGGGGCCGUGAAGGUGCCGCCCCACACGCGACUGAUGUACUGCAGGGACACGUUCAACCACCCGACGCUGGAGAGCAGCGCCGCCUUCUCCUGGCAGUUCAGAUGUCCUUCUCUCAGUCUCCGAGGUCGACCUCGUAAAAGAAGAGGCUGCGAUGGCAAAGACUCUCCGAUGUCCGGCAGCCAAUCAGAGGCCUGGAUUGACCGGAUGAAAGAGAACGUGAUGGGCAGUGUGGAGUUUGGAUGUGAGAGCAGUUGGCUGCCUCAUCCUGAGGAGCAGCUGUUUCUGGAUCAACUCUUCUCUUUCAUGGAUCGAUCCGGAUCACCCAUCCUCAAAGUCCCAAACCUGGGCUUCAAGAAGAUCGACCUCUUCCUCAUGUUCUCUGUGGUCAAACGUCUCGGAGGACACAAGAAGGUGACAGCAGACCGGCUCUGGAAGGUGGUGUAUAAUGAGCUGGGAGGAUGUCCAGGCAGCACCAGCGCCGCCACCUGCACCAGGAGACACUAUGAAAGGUUGAUUCUUCCGUAUGAAGAACAUCUCAGAACCGGAGGUACAGAAUUCAAGGUCCCAGAAACUCUGUCACCUCUGAAGCCGCGGGGGAUCAGAGGACGAAAACCACUUCAACGGGGAAGGAAACCAGGACCUAAACCCAAGGAGAUGAAGAUGAUGAGCACAAAGACUCCUGCUGCUCCUCUUCCUCAUGCUAUCAUCAACCCAAACGGCCCCAUUAUGGUGAAGAGAGGCAGAGGUCGACCGCCAGGAACUCGUAACAAGGCCACGCUGAUCGCGCAGCAGCAGCAGGCGAGAGCCAAAGUCUUAGAGACUCCGAGUCUUCUGCUGCCCCCCAAAGGCAGAGGAGGAUCAUCAGUCAGCAGCACACACCGGGUCACCCUGCCUAUGACCCCUGACCUCUCCCCGAUGUCCGCUCCCUUCCUGCCGUUUUCGCCCAAACCAAAGGAGCUGAAGUCGGUGGCGUCGGUGGCACCGCCCCCCGGCGUGAUCCUGUCCACACUGCCCCGCCACUUUGUGGGUGGGUCUCUGGGUGGCUUCAGCCCCGUCAAAGGGGUGUGUCCUCUUGACGUGUUCAGGAAACGCAUCAGCCUCCAGAGGGUGCCAGAGAGUCCGGCACAGCACAGUCCCACCGUCUUUCCUCUUCCAGAUCCUCCUCACUUGAGUGCGGAGCAGCUCCAGGCUCCGCCGCCUGGUCACCUCAACCGCUGCUCUGGGUGUAACGUGGAAGGAGACACACAGAGACACGGCAGCGGCCGGGACGCCAGGACACGCCCCCCGCUGCCUCCUCUCCGGGUCCUGCCUCUGAACCUGGACUGCAGCGUUCAGGUGUGUCAGCUGAUGAGAACUCGCUGUCUGGACUCGUCGCAGCUGCAGACCUUCACCCGACGGCUGUCGGAGGCGCUGUCGCAGGACCUGAGCGCCAAGCCGCCCUGCUCCCCCAUAACUCCGCCCCCUGAGCAGGCAUUGCCGCUCAACCUCAGCAAACGUUUCAUCUUGAAGAGAGCGAGCGCAGAGGAAGCCGAGCCAAGCCUAGCAGCGAGAAACGGAAAUGUUGAGCAGCAGUCUUCGCCAAAGAGAGCCAGGGUGGAGCUGGAUGAUGACAUCAAUCAGAGGGGGCGUUCCAGUUCCACAGGUGCAGGAUCAGAUGUAAAUGACCAGGAGGAACCUGCAGACCUGAGCUCACCCAGCAGGAUCCGGGCCUUUCUGCUUGGACUUCCUCCUUUCCAGGUAAAACUGGACGAGGACCUGAAUGGGGCGCGGUUCAGGAAACUCCUCCCAACGGGAACUGAAGCCGAUGCCCAGCAGACUGAGGCGGAGAAACUUGAGGGAGGAGUGGCCGUAAAGAAGGACGUGACGGCAGCCGAGGAGACUGUGGUGGUGGUGGAAACUGGGAGGAGCAACAAAGUGCAGCAGGAGGUAGAGGAGAUGGGCCCUGCCCACCAAGCUGCUCCCAGUCCAGCGGCGUUGAAGUGAGCCACGCCCCCAAACACUGACGCGCACUGUUUUCAGCGUUGUUUUUUUUGACAGGGAGGUUUCACUACUGGUUCUGGUUCUGGGCUCAGGUCAAAGUUCUUCUCUUCAUUUCCCAUCAUCCUCUCUCUUUGAACAAUCACUAAAUGGUUGAGACUUUGUAACUAAUGACGACGACGUCCAUGAUGACCGUCACCAUGAUGACACCGGACUCCUGGUCAUAUGACAGUGGUUGUGUGAGCGGUGGAUGCUAUGCAUGGAGUCGCGUUUACGAGCGUCCGCUAACGUAAACGUUACUUUUAUAAUUAAGUGUUUUCACGUUAUAUCUUUAUUUUGUUUUAGCUCGUUACUUUGAAGAUGUAAACUUUUCACACACGUGCCUUAAAAGUCAUGCCAUCUGUGGCGUCUGCGGCUUCUGCAACGUUACCGUUGUGAUGCUCAUCGUGUGGAGACCUUGGCCACGUCUACUAUUAGCGUCGCCAUGAUAACCCUGUAACCCAAACGUUCAGACUACCUCAGGUUAUUAUUAAACAUUAUUCACCAGCUUUACCUGCAUCAGGGGGCGGAGCCUAUGUCCACCUGAUUCAAACACUACAUUUUCCUCUUCUUUUUUUUUGGUUUUCUCUCCUCGCUCACUUGUAGCUAAAUUUCUGCUUUUAAAUGUGUGGCUGUUGCUAUGGUUACGCCCCAUUAGCACCGCCUCUAAAACUGAGAAUUUCAAAGUUCUUUCACUGUUCUACUUGCUGUAGAAGAAAACUGUUAUUUCCUUUUUACUUCAACACUCACAUGACUGAGGAGGGUCACAUGACCGAGGCUCCUCCUGUUCUUUCUGCAUGUCAACUUUACAUCAUAACAAUCUGUCGCCUCCUCUUGUAUCCUCCUCCUCAUCUUGCUCCUCCUCCUGUAUCCUACUCCUCCUCUUGUAUCCUUCUCCUCAUCUUGCUCCUCCUCUUGUAUCCUCCUCCUCAUCUUGCCCCUCCUCCUCAGCAGAAUUCAAACGUUAAAAGAAACUUUUUCUAGUUUUUAUUUUGCCAACGUCGUGAUUUUUUUUUAUAUUCAUGAAAAUCUGUUUUUCUUUCUUUGCCAAGUUUUGAUUUUUCCAGAGUUAAAGUGAACAUCACCUGGUGCUGUUAGUUAGUUAGUUAGUUAGUUGCCAUAUUCUUCUCUAUUAUUAUUCUUGUUUUUUGUUUUGUUGACAAAGCACCAACGCUCCAGACUCCGCCUCCUCCUCAUUAGCAUGUUUGUUUAACAGGAAGCGUUGUUUCCUGUUUACGACUUGUUAUAAGUUAAAAACACUCCAUUUUUUUGCGAUCAUUUUUGUAACGUCUUGUUAGUUCGCGUUUAUAACAUCAAAUUUUGCACACGUUUUACGUUGUGUUAGCGUUCACAUGAAAUGAAUCCUUUUUAAAGUUGUUUUUUUCUAAUGAAACAAUUACAGAAAUAAACUUUACAGCAAAGUUUUUCACCUGCGACACCAGGGGGCGCUGAAAAAAAGUCUUAAGUCUGACGGAAUAAGAUGAGCGAUCCGUGCAGUUGUUCAUCACACCAGCUGAACUUUGUACGAACUUUUGCAGAGAGUCUUGAUUCGCGCAGGAAUCGCGAUCAAACCACGAUUGUGAAAAAACGCAGUCUGGAUCAAAUUCGUUCGAACAUUAAAUUUUGUAGAAAUUCUGUGGAAACGUUUGCAGUCCAUUUUAUUUCAUGAUGAAAACUCGUAAAUAAAAUGUGUAUGAACUUUGUAUGAACUUCGUACACAUUUUGUGCGAAUUUCAUUGGCAAUGUUCUGAUUAAACCAUAACUUUGGACCAGUUGUAGACAUUUUUUCCCUGCAUGUCUUUAUGCUAAAGACCACAUGACUUCAUGGAGGUGUGUCCGUGUAGAGGGGACGAGGCAGAGCUUGUUAAACCAGUCUGAUUCUUGGUUAUUUAAGUUUUAGUUUUGAAAAGUUUCUUCUUUACGUUGAAUUUGGUUAAAAUGUUUACAUUUGAUUCACACGUUCACGUUUGGUGUUUCAAGUGUUUUUGCACAUGACGACGUUAGCCGCGCCGCUCAAAACGCUAAGUGCCAGAUGUCAGACAACAGCGCCUCCUCCUGGUCUCAUGUUUCACAAGUUAAAGUGUCGACAUUAAGCAUGAGCCAACUGGACCUCAAAGACUGGACAAACGGGGACAAACGAGGUGGCUGUAUGGGGCCGGCACUUGGUCAUCUGACUUAAUCCAGUGAAGAUUAAAGAUCAAAUUCAAAAGGAGCCACAUGUAACAUUUGAACAGAUGUUUAACAGAUGAACUGACACAAACUACUCACAGCGCCCCCUGCUACUCAGACACACAGACUCACUCUGAGUGAAAACCAGCAGAGACAUCAGGAAAAACUGAUUUUAUCCACGUUAAUAAGAGUUGUUCAUAAAAUCAUCAUCUUCGA